CUAUACCGCGUGCGCAGAUUGCCCCGCAUUCAGCCCUGCCACUCACCUUCCAUUGACGCCUGAGCUUCUUCCGAACAAACAAUGGCGGACGGCGCGCAAGCAGAUGGCGCCGGCGAGAGCCACCACAGCCUCAAGGACAAGAUGAAGCAUCCAUUCGGGCACCUGCGCGAGAAAUUGAAGCAUACCCACCUCCACGAUGCCAAGAUCGAAGCCACUCACAUGAAGCACAAGGUCGGCAAGUUCGCCAAUCUGUUCAACGCGAAUCAUCGACACGACGAGGAGCAUGAGCAGAAGACGGAUGAGAAGCGGAGUCGUGUGUGCGAGAAUCAUCGGUUUAACUCUUUUGCGCCGGGGAGGGAUGGGAAUCUGAUCAAGUGGUAUGUUGAUGGGAGGGAUUACUUUUGGGCUGUCUCGGAGGCGUUGGAAAGGGCGAAGGAGACCAUUUAUAUUGAGGACUGGUGGCUUUCUCCCGAACUCUAUUUGCGCCGGCCGCCGUUCUAUAAUCAGCCUUGGCGAUUGGACAUGCUCAUCAAGAGGAAAGCCGAGGCUGGAGUCAAGAUCUACAUUAUUGUGUACAAAGAGGUCUCAGCAGCUCUUACUUGCAACAGCCAGCACACCAAGAAAGCGAUCAUGAGUCUCUGCCCCGAAGGAAAACCAGGCCACGGGAACAUCAGAGUGGUGAGGCAUCCCGACCACAACGUCUUGGAGAAUGCCUCAGACAUGACGUUCUAUUGGGCGCACCACGAGAAGUUCAUCAUUAUUGACUAUGCGAUGGCCUUCAUUGGCGGUCUGGACCUUUGCUAUGGGCGCUGGGACGAAAAGCAGCAUCCGCUAGCUGAUGUUCAUCCUUCUGGUGUGCAGAACGAGAUCUUCCCAGGCCAAGAUUUUAACAACAACCGCAUCAUGGACUUCCAGAGUGUGGAUGACUGGAAGUCAAAUCAGCUCAGCAAAGCAGAGUACGGCCGCAUGCCGUGGCACGACGUAGCAAUGGGCGUCAUUGGGCCGUGCGUGUACGACAUCGCGGAACACUUCGUUCUUCGCUGGAACUUCUGCAAGCGGGACAAGUACAAGCGCGAUAGCCGGUACGAUUGGAUUACCCUAGAGGGGCGAGAAGGUGACGACGAGGAUCUUAUCGGCGUCCAGAGACCUAAGUUCCCGGUUGGCGACUACGUACAUCAUCCGCUCAGCCCACUGAGUACGAAGAAUCUCGACAACCGCGGAACGGUUCAUGCUCAAAUAGUGCGCAGUAGCGCGGACUGGAGUAGCGGUAUUCUUCCCGCUGAACACAGCAUCCAAACCGCAUACUGUGACUUGAUCCGGAAUGCUGAGCACUACGUCUACAUCGAGAAUCAGUUCUUCAUCACUGCCACUGGCGAGAAUCAGAGUCCCAUCCACAACCAGAUCGGAAAGGCUAUCGUAGAUGCUGUGGUCCGAGCAGGCAAAGAAGGCCGCAAGUUUAGGGUCAUCAUCAUCAUUCCUGCUAUUCCUGGAUUCGCAGGCGAUCUUCGAGAGGACGCAGCAACUGGUACCAGGGCUAUCAUGGACUAUCAGUAUAAGAGCAUAUGCCGAGGAAAGGACAGCAUUUUUGGGCAGAUCGAAGCGAAAGGUGUUAAUCCGCGAAACCACAUCUUCUGCUUCAAUCUCCGCUCGUACGACCGCCUGAACGUCACGACGAAGCUUAAGGAGCAGGAGAAGCAAUCGGGCAUGAAGUACAAGGAGCUUCAGCAAGCUGAAGAAGAGGAACUUGAAGCUCCAGCGGACGAUGGCCAAGCCGCGCGAGACCGCGCAGCGCAGAUGAGGCACAAGUUCCGCGCGGAUGAGCAGGACGUGGGACUGGGCGACCAAGGGGGUAUUAUCGAUCCGGACUCCAUCGCGGACGACGCUAUGCUCACGGAAAAGAAACCCAGCACCGAGUCCUGGGAGGGCGACCCCGAAGAAGAGAAGGAAAACUUCUUCCAAGAAGAACUCUACGUACACGCAAAAGUUUGCAUUGUCGAUGACAAAUAUGCCAUCUGCGGUUCCUCCAACAUCAACGACCGCUCGCAGCUGGGCUUUCACGACUCCGAGCUCUCCAUCGUCAUGGAAGACACGGACAAGAUCGACAUCACUAUGGAUGGCAAGCCCUACCGCGCCUCCCGCCUCGCCCACGAUCUCCGCAGCAUACUCUGGCGCGAGCACCUUGGCCUCAUCCCACCCCAAACCCUCGACGGAACCGACGACCCCAACGCGCAACCCCCCGGCGACGACUCCCCCAACGACACACUCCCCGGCCCGGAAAAGGACUUCGUUACAGACCCGCUCGCCGAUAAGCUCUGGGACGAGUGGUGUAAUCGCGCGUCCACCAACACGCACGUCUUCCGCGACUUGUUCCACGCUGAUCCUGAUGACGAGAUAUUGACGUUCGAUGACUACGAUAGCUUUACCCCGCAUCCGAAGACGGAUAAGGAUCACAAGCAGGGACAUUUGUAUGACAAUGAUAGGCCGGUCAAGGAGGUGAGGGAGCAGUUGGAUCGCAUUAGGGGGCAUUUGGUUUGGAUGCCCUUGAAGUUUUUGGAGAAUGCGGAGAUGGCGGAGAAGGGGCUGCAGGUCAAUGCGUAUACGGAGAGUAUUUAUACGUGAGGAAAGUAAUGGGAGCUGGGAACUGAGGACUGAGGUACUGGGAACUGGGAAGCUUGGAUUCCGGAGUGGUUGUUUGGGUAUCAAGCAUCCUUUUGAGGGCGGGCUUCGCUGCUGGCUGGUCUAGCGGACUCAUAGGUAGGGAGAUGGACCUUGGAUGUGUCACUCUCGUAGUGUUUAUUUCUUAAUUUAUUCUUGUGCUUCGUAUCGGUUCACCACUCAAUUGUAUCUAUGGUCAUCUCAUCCCAUUCUUUCAAGGAUCAUGUACCGUCUGGAAGGC